GUGUGGCGCACAAACAUCAGUACUCGCUAUCAUUUGCACCGAGAACAACACAAGUCUACUCAAUAUGUCUUCCACCGAAGCGAAACCCGCCAAGAAGCCUGCAGAGCAUCCCAAGUACACCGAGAUGGUUGCAACAGCUAUCGGUGCACUGAAGGAACGCGGCGGAUCUUCCCGCCAGGCCAUCGAGAAAUACAUCAAGGCCAACUACAAGGUCGGAGACAAAGUUAGCACCCAACUGAAGAUGGCUCUCAAGCGCAUGAGCGAGAAAGGCACUCUAGUCCACACAAAAGGCACUGGAGCUUCUGGCUCGUUCAAAUUGAACAAGGCAGCCGUGAAGGCUGAGAAGCCAAAGAAAGCGAAGAAGCCAGCGGCAAAGAAACCCAAGGCUGCCAAGAAACCCGCCGCCAAAAAACCUGCCGCUAAGAAAGCCAAAUCCCCCAAGAAAGCAGCAGCUAAGAAGUCACCCAAGAAGGCAGCGAAAAAGCCUGCUGCUAAGAAACCAGCAGCCGCCAAGCCCAAGAAGGCCGCGGCAAAGAAGCCAGCCGCCAAGAAAGCAGCGAAGAAGCCGGCAGCAAAGAAGGCCGCAAAAAAGCCAGCCAAGAAGUAAAGCGACUAUACAGUCACUUUACACCAAACAACGGUUCUUUUAAGAGCCACACACUUAUACGAAAGUUAUGCCACACCAUCUAUUUCUACGUAUUCCUUCUCUUUAUACGACCAAAAAUACAAGUGUACAUAAAGCCAUUAAUUCGCAACGAUACCUUGACCUAGUGAGCAGUCUAUCGAGUUGACUCUCAAUAAAUUUUCACAUAACGGGUAUGCUAUUAUUUUUGUUUUCCAA